AUGAAGUUGUUCGCUAGCAGGUUCCAGCCGUUUGCCGUGUCGAAGUGGUCAGUUUACGUUAUUUGCCUCCAAAUCGACGCCCUCGGCGUUUCUUUGUACUCCUUUUUUUUGCCCGUCGACAUUCACCUGUCUGCGCGGAGCAUCCAGUGCAGAAGGCAGGUGUAUGGUCACGCCCUUGCAAAGGCGCAUAAGCUGAAGUCGCUGUGUCUUGCGGCCGAGAAAGAGGAACAAGCACAGGUCAAAAAGGGACAAGCGCUGGACGCAGUGACAAGAAAGGUUGCUUUUCUAGAACCCGCUGUUGUGGUCGGUCCUCCGAAACCGGACCGGAAGGAACAGGGAACAUCAAGGGAAAGUGGCUGCCGGAAAGAACUGAAUCAGGACUGUGAACAUAUUACACCCGAGCCCGUAUACGCCCUGUCGCGGGCGCACGAGGCAGACAGUGUUGGAGAAGCGGAACCGUUUGGAAGCCCACAAAACAACGUGGCUGGGAGAGUAAUUGUAAUUGAAGACGCUAGUGAAAGUGGGCAAAUGCGAAGUGGUGAACCCUGGGCGCCGUCCGAGGAGCAUGUGACAGGACACAUGUCGGAGGUAGUAGCGGACGCCUGGCCAGUGAGCGACGACUUCAAACAGACGCUGGAAGGCACAAACGCGAAAAAAGAAGAUGCAACGUACGAACCGACAAACGCUUCUUCUGUUGGAAGAGGUGAACUGGGUGAGGGGACAGUGAUGGACACAGGUGAGGCGUCUUUGGAACCUGAGGAAUUCGGACUGAGGCGAACUGAGGACCGUGCCUUCCGCCGGCGGCUGUGGACAGUGUGUGAAGAAAGCAAAGCGGUGGCAAAGAACGCACUCUAUGUGGUGCCAGAAGUAGAACCUACAGUAUCCGUGGUGAACGGAAACUGGAAUGAGGAAGGGAAGAACACGCGAGAGGUGGAACGCCUAGAACGCCAACUCCUCCAGAUGGAAGGAUUCGCGGAGUUUGCCCAAGACGCAUCAGAGCAGAAUUGGCCAGCAGUGCACAAUCCCAAUUUAGAAGCCGGGCAAGAAAGAAAUGAUAGUGAACUUCUACAAGAUAGGUUUACAGAGGAGGCGACAGUCAUGAGUCCCGAUAGGACUGGUGACGCCGUUAUCCACGACAUCUGUUUUCACGGGGACCCACCCCUUGAAUUCGGACAGAAAAAUACGACUUGCAUUCACACCUGCAUAACUGCGGCCAGCUCCAACAUGAGAGAUCGAGACGAUGCUGAUUAUGUGCUGCAGGGGAAUCGUUCCACGGUGAACGGGGCGUCAGUAGAGAUUCCCUUCGUAGAGUUACGUGCGGAGAGGAAGCGCCCGCAGGAAGGAGAGGGUAGAGGCAGCGAUAGGGAACGAUACCGGGGUCUUUUUAGCGACGGGGAAAACCACCUUGAAGUGCUGUCCGAUUCGACUGACGCAGUGAGAGUCGAGGACUGGGCCGAUCCCGCACAGGAGGCACACGAAGGCGUCAAUGCCGCUCUAGCCAGAGUUAGGCUGAUGAGGCAGACGAACGGACAGGAACUCGCAUCCAACGAAGCUAAUCAGACUGACGAGACAGCAGGAUUGGAAACUAAGUUGGAACCUACUGUAGGAUACGAAGACAAGGGCUGUGUUAUGGAGGGUGUAGAAAGGGAGUCUAACGAAGACGAGAGGAAAUACGCCGUGUCUUGGGGCGAUGGUUCCCUGGAGGGAAAGUUUCCGGAUCACGAGGCAGCUGAGGGACCUAGAUCUCGACGAGAGUCGGAACGGGGAAUCUCCACAGCCUCUGUCGUUUUGCCUCACGUGCUGGCAACCGGAGUCUGUGAACCAUCAAUCUUCUCACGGCAUGCGCCAGCGCCAAAGAGCGCGCCGUUUGGUGAAACCGCAGGCGAUGAACGUGUUUUCGCGAUGUGUGGCAGCCGUGACACGAACCGUUCGAAUUUCAGCCAGGAAUAUGAAAACCGAAUGCGGCGCCAUGUAGAGCAAGGACUGGUCAAGUUUCCUCCCUUUUCGUCCGCAUGGGAAGGCCGUCCGAUUCCCGGAAAUAAACCGCUGACGCUAGAGGACUUGCCGGGAGUGUUGGAAGUCGUGCGGAUGGCGGGCCAACAAGCGGAAGAGGCUGCUGCCAGGUCGAAGGAUGUGGCAGUGCGUGUCGAGCAGAUAGUGGCCGAAUGCCGUUCGUUGUGCGAAACAGUAAGGGCUGAAAUCCUUCGAGCCGAGAACGAGAUGGAGCGGGCUCAGCCGCGCCUUCCGCACACCACGGAGCAUCGGCAACGUGCCGCACCGAACCGCGCUUUGCCGGCCAACGCAGAGAUUCAGAACUGUCAAGAGCUUGCCAAUGAUCUGAGUCGCAUGCUUGCUGAGAUGAGAGAAGACAUGAAUUUUCGCAAAGACGAGAUGGAAGAAUGCAUCAUAAGAGGCGUCGGUCUUGCGCGCCCGAUCAACAGUGACUUGGAAGGCGAGGCAGUGCGUUCACACCGAUUCAAGAUUUUCGCAACGCACGCGAUUUUGGGGAACCCCGGAGCGGCGGUUGAGAAGGCCGAGGGAGAAUUCGAUCUCCACAGAAACCUCAGGGGCCCGGAAAGGCAGAACGGAUCCGACGGCUCGAUCGUCCAACCGCGUUGGGAGGGAGUUUGUAGCCGUAAAGAGAGUCACUGCGAAAUCAUAGAGCCGCAAUCGCAGACCGCGCAGGAAGAGCCGAUGGCGCCCCGAGAGAUGAGAGGACACCCACAGGAGAAUGACAGUGCGGAGAGAGAAGAGAAACAUUUAGCAAAAGAAGCAACCGUAGCGGAGGCCGGUGCGGGGGGCAGUGAAGCUGUGGCAGGUAGCAGGGACAAUCAGGCAGGGGACAUCUCCUUCCAGCGUCCUGGGGAGAUAGAGAGUGAUGUACCAAUUUCUGAGUUUAUGCGCCGUGUCGGGGAACUGCGUACAGACUUUUUUUUCUGUGGCGAGAACCGCCCGGUUUCCGUGGACAACACAAGAAGAGAACGUCUCCUGUUGGGAUAG